AGCGAGCGGUGGGCGGCGCGCCCUAGUCUGUGAGACGCGUACAGAAACAAACGGCUGCCUGCAGACAGAAACAGCGGACAAAAUCCUGCUAACGGAGAAAAACCUCGAGCUACCCGUCUGUUCCCGAGUUGCUGUCCACUCCAACCGCGCAUCUAGACCCAAACAAGCGUGUGUGAUGAACGGAGACUCUGGAGCAGGGGUGGUGACGGCCCCCCCGCCCACUAACCCCCCUCAUAAGGAGCGCUACUUCGACCGUGUGGACGAGAGCAGCCCGGAGUACCAGAGAGAGAGGAACAUGGCACCAGACCUGCGGCAGGACUUCAACAUGAUGGAGCAGCGCAAGAGAGUCUCCAUGAUCCUGCAGAGUCCCGCGUUCUGUGACGAGCUGGAGUCUCUGAUCCAGGAUCAGAUGAAGAAGGGGAAGACCCCCACCAGUUUACUGGCUCUGCAGCAGAUCGCUGACUUCAUGAGCACCAGUGCCCCCCCCAUGUACCCCGCGGCCCCCCAGGGAGGCAUGGCGGCCCUCAACAUGAGUUUGGGGAUGGUGACUCCAGUGAAUGAUCUGAGAGGUUCAGACUCCAUCGCUUAUGAGAAAGGAGAGAAGCUCUUGCGCUGUAAACUCGCUGCGUUUUACCGCCUGACCGACCUCUUCAGCUGGUCUCAGCUCAUCUACAACCACCUGACGGUCCGGCUCAACUCUGAACAGGAGCGUUUUCUGAUUGUCCCUUUCGGGCUUCUGUACAGUGAAGUCACUGCCUCCAGUUUGGUGAAGGUUGACCUGCAGGGGGAGAUCGUGGACCGAGGCAGCACUAAUCUGGGAGUAAAUCAGGCCGGAUUCACCCUCCACUCCUCCAUCUACGCUGCUCGACCCGACGUCAAGUGCAUCGUGCACAUCCACACAGCCGCUGGCGCCGCGGUGUCUGCAAUGAAGUGUGGUCUGCUGCCCAUUUCCCCCGAGGCUCUGUCUCUGGGCGAGGUUUCAUACCACGAUUACCACGGUAUCCUGGUGGACGAGGAGGAGAGCGUCCUCAUACAGAAGAACCUGGGGCCCAAGAGCAAGGUGUUGAUUUUGAGGAAUCACGGUCUGGUGUCUGUCGGGGAAACGGUCGAAGAGGCGUUUUACUACAUUCACAACCUGGUCACAGCCUGCGAGAUUCAGGUGCGCACCCUCGCCAGUGCAGGAGGUCCUAACAACCUAAUAAUGUUGGACCCGAGCAAGUAUAAAUCCCGUCCUCCGCACCUCGAGCCGCUCGGAGACGGGUCCAGCUCACACCCCAAGUGGCAGAUCGGGGAGCAGGAGUUUGAGGCUAUGAUGAGGAUGCUGGAUAAUCUGGGAUACAGGACGGGUUAUCCGUACCGCUGCCCUGCGCUGCGUGAUAAAGCAAAGAAGUACAGUGAUGUUGAGACUCCCCCUUCAGCCACGGGUUACUCGUACGCCGAGGACAGUGACUCGGGUGUGCGCUCCCCGUUAAAGCACAGCUUCCAGCGGCAGCCGCGGGACAAGACUCGCUGGCUAGCCUCCGAAUCUGCAGAAGAGGGGCAGGACGGCAGCGCUAGCCCCAAGGCGAAGACUAAGGUGUGGACGAACAUUACACACGAUCACGUCAAACCCUUGCUGCAGUCUCUCUCGUCCGGUGUCUGCGUGCCAAGCUGUAUUACCAACUGCUUGUGGACUAAGGAGGACAGUCUCCGGCAGGCUGCUGUGGCCAAUCAGUUCGUCCCGCUGAACACCAACCCCAAAGAGGUGCAAGAGAUGCGCAACAAGAUCCGUGAGCAGAACCUGCAGGACAAAAAGACGGCAGGUCCACAGUCGCAGGUGCUCACAGGUGCCGUAGUUGACCGCUCCUAUGUCCAGGGGGAGCUAGUGACCGCGUCUAAAGCCAUCAUUGAGAAGGAGUACCAGCCUCGCGUCGUGGUCAGUAAAACUGGACCCAACCCCUUCAACAAGCUCACAGACCAGGAGCUGGACGAGUAUCGCAAGGAAGUGGAGCUCAAACAGAAAGGAACAGAAGCACAGGUCGAAGGAGUCCAGACUCCAGACGUCACAUCCACACAGGACAACGAUGAUCCACAGGCCACUGCAACCCCCCCGCCCUCCACAAUCCCCAGCCGGGGGACCGGGUCAGGUCGGGACAGCCCUGUAGAUCCUCCAGCAUCCCCUCACAAGGAGUUCCACUCGGCCGUGCUCCGAGCUCUGGGCUGUGAUGAGUGUGAGCCGUCUGCAGAUCAGACACCGGAGACUGAAGAGGAGAAUGCUCUGAGCUCACCUGUGCGUGUGGAGGAAGAGACACGGCAGGAGCAGACGUUUAAAGACGAGAGUGACGACGCCACUUUAAAACAGAACCUCCCCGAUCUGACUCCCGACGAUGUCUUCGAAGACUCCGCCCUCCCUGCAGAAGACCCCGCCCCCGAGGAGACAGACCCCGCCCCUAAGUCAGAAGGGGAGGAGCCUGUGACAGGGGAAGACGUGGCUGGUGAUCACUGCAGCGACGAAUCGUCCAACAAAUCCCCGUCAAAGAAGAAAAAGUUUCACACCCCGUCGUUCCUUAAGAAAAACAAAAAGAAGUCUGAAACCCAGUGAGGAAGCUUUUCUCCGGCAAUAACGCGGUCGAAAUUGAUUUGUUUUUGUACCAUGUUCACAUUUAGCGUAUCAAUCUUUUUUAAUUAAAGCCUCUAAAGAUCGUUUUUAUUAUUUUAAUAAAUGCUUGCUGAAGUGCACUUCAAAGUGCGUCUCGUUAAGCAUCUUCAACACAUCUGUUUUUAUAAACCACUACAAUGUAUCAUCGCAAAUGUAUCCGAUGUUACUGUUCGAGGAAAUGAAUUAAUGAAAGACUUCCUCCUGGUGUUUAACGGGAAUCUUUGCUAUGCUGCAUGUUCACCAGUUUCAGAUCGCAUCUUUAAACGCCUCGAGAGAAAUGUGUUUAAUAGCAAUGAAAAUAAAGCCAUAAUGAAAAAUUUUACUCAUUAAGAAUUACAUUUUUUUUUUUUUUUUGGACUAAAUGAUUUCCUGUUGUAACACACACAAAAAAAAAAAAAACACAUGAAAAGAUUGUUUUAAAACUAGCUGUGACUUUUGUCCUGAAUUAAAACGAGUGACUUCUGUUUGCUUUUAUAUAUUAAUUUUUAGUUGUUUUUUUUAGCUGUAGGUGGUUUAGUUUUGUUGUAAAUGACACUAUUGAAUGUCUUGUGUGAACAGCUGAUGAUGAUAAUGAUGAUGAUGAUUCGUACAAACACUGUUAAAAUAUUUACUCAACAGUCCUGAAUAAUAAAGUAAUAAUCUUCAAAAA